CCGAGGCUUACUUGCUGUUGUUAUCAUCUUGUAAUUGUCAUUAUCAUACGUCGUCGUCGUCGUCUUCUGGUUGGUAGCAAGCUGGAAGCGGAAAGCAAGGCACGAACGAGAUAAGUUAACGAUUAGAUAAGCGCUCCUCCACUUACAUAACCAACCACGUGCUCCUGCCCGAACCAGCAUGCUAAGCGAAUCCGCCUCACUUUGAACGCCGCGAGUUCUCCUCUCCAACAACUCACCAACAUCAACCUCUGUAGGACCCCUCAUCUAUAUCUACACUCCCUCCCGCUCUCUUUUUUUUCUCUGUUUUUCUCUGAAGGAAAGAAAAGGUAUUCACUGUGUAUUCCUUGACUUCCUUCCGCUCGUAGUUUCUUCGAUCGCCUGUCAACUUGUUACAACUUUUGCCGCUGGACAAUCAGUCCUUUUUCACCAUGAGUACAGCUCCACCACCAUGGCGAGCAACUGCUGCGCCUGCUUAUUCAUCAAAUGCUUCGCCAGCGUACAUUCCUGUCCAAGCACGCCGGAGCCUCGCCCACCAUGCUCCUGAACCUACCACCGUCGCGAAAACAGAGUCAAGAGAGCUAUCAUCGCCGAAAUCAACAGAUCCCAAGGCCGGGAAGUCGAAAAUUGACUGGCCUCCGGCUGUUCGCCAAUAUGUCCAACGCAGCUUCGUCCCUGAGUUCCAAAUCGCGAGCGUCAGUCGGAUGGACAUGGAGCAAAAGCUCAAGCAAGUUAUCACCGAAGCCGCUGAAAGUGGUAACCUUCACAAUGUUGAUUGGGAGAACUUGCCGUUGCCGCAACAAAUGAUUCAGAAUGAGCGAAAUAAGAUUCUCACUUCUGCUUCUGUUGCUUCCUUGCAAUCGUCAUGGUCUGCGAAGUCGCAAGAACUUCGUCAGCAGAAACAAGAGAAAGCGAAGGAAGAAUCUCCAAACAAGAGGAAGUCGUCAGAAUUCAGCGCAGAAGAUGACGAGGCGGAACAUAUUCCACCUUGGAGAAAAACUAACACACGCAAUGGCUUUGAAGACCGUAUUAGUUACCCUUCCACAACUGAUAAGCGACGACGGAUAGAUAGCAACAACUCUAACAGCAACAGCAAAAAUACAAGUAAGUUCAAAAAUAACCUGGAGCUGCGGAAACGACGCUUUGAGGAUUUGCGUUCAGGUUACCAGUCUCCUCAGACUGGGAGCUCCUCCCGCGAUGAAUCACCGGAUGUGGGUGGAGGACCUGUCAUCGGACGGUGCCAAAUGUUGGAGAAAAAUUAUUUCCGAUUGACUUCGGCCCCCAAUCCUGAUACUGUUCGUCCUUUGCCCGUGCUGAAAAAGAUGCUCGAUUUAUUGAAGAAAAAGUGGCGUCUCGAGAAUAACUAUACCUAUGUUUGCGAUCAGUUUAAGUCUAUGCGCCAGGAUUUGACCGUCCAGCACAUCAAAAAUGAGUUUACAGUGAACGUGUACGAGAUACACGCCAGGAUUGCUUUAGAAAAAGGGGACCUUGGUGAGUAUAAUCAAUGCCAGACGCAACUGCGAGCAUUGUAUUCGCAAAAUCUUGGAGGACAUCCCAUGGAAUUUAUGGCCUAUCGCAUUCUCUAUUUUAUCCAUACCCGCAAUCAGACGGCCAUCAACGACGCUUUGGCAGAUCUAACCCCUGCAGACAAACUGGAUCCUGCUGUGAAGCAUGCCCUUGAUGUUCGAUCAGCUCUAGCAUUGGGGAAUUACCAUAGAUUCUUUCAACUUUAUCUGGAUACGCCGAACAUGGGAGCAUACCUUAUGGACAUGUUUGUUGACCGCGAGCGUCUUGCGGCACUUGCGUGUAUUUGUAGAGCGUAUAAACCUGAGGUGAAGAUAAGAUUUAUUACUGAAGAACUUGGUUUUGAGUCCGAUGAACAGGCCGCCCGAUUUAUAUUGGACCAUGCUCCAGAGGAUUUGCUCCAGGAAAAACCUGAUGGGGUUAAGCUCCUUACCGGGAAAGCCGGGCAGGUUUUCGAACUGGCUAAAGCGGAAGCUCACAAAGUGGUCGAUAUAAAAGGGCAGAUCUAACCAACCCGCUUGAUCCUUCCUAAAGCAAGGAUUUCUCCAUUGUUCAGUUCAUGACACACCGCCACCCCCUUCCAACUUCCAUUCUUGUUUCGCACAUUCCGUCUUCUAUUGGGCCGUAUCCCGACCUAUACACCGGUCAAAUCGUCCAUCGUAUUUCUAUUUCUUCUCUUACCUACUUCUGCGGCUUGUCAUCGCCGUGGAUUUCUUUUUUUCACUUUUUCUUGUCUUCUAAUUUUCUCUAUCUUACACUCCGUGUCUCUCGAAGCCUAUAUCCAUCCCUCGUGCAUAUAUUUUAACCCUAAGCCUAUCCAUGGAUUAUCGCCAUACUGUUACAUCUGACGAUCGAUCGGUUAUGCAUUUGGGACACGCGACCUCACGGAAAUCUUUUGCGUUUUUCGUUUUAUGUUUUUCACCAGGCUAUCGGCACUUUUGGGUACCCAAUAUACCCUUCAAUCGAAUCCUAACAGUUUCUUCAUUCGGAUUUCGCAUGAUUUUUAUAUAAUACCGCUUUCGUACCGGAGUUAGGCGCUUGGGGUGCUUGGGGUGUAUCGAGUGGGUGGUCGUUACUGACUUUUCAUUUCUCUGGCGAGCUUUUCCGGUGCCUGCAUUUCGUGGCGGGAGUGCUUUGGGUCUCGAGAUAACCAACUUUAUUUCUGUAUAUUUUCCUCUGAUUCACUGAAAACUUUUUUUUAUAUAUAUCUAUAUAUAUAAUACUAAGGAGCUUAUUAUUUUCAAGAAUUGAAUAUCUCAAAUAUACAACUGUGGCCCGUGUUGAGUCAUUUCAUUUGAGUAAAACCUUUGGUUCUAGAUUGAGUAAGACGUAUGAUGAUAAGAAAUACACAUGCUUUCACUAGCCUCAUCACUUCUGUAGUUGAUGCAUCUCAUCACAGUGUAAUUAUCAUCA